AUGCAAUCAAAACUUAUGAAAUUCAUCGCAUUAAUUUUUGUUGGUCUUGUCUUAUUAACAAUGACAGCUUCUGUUCAAGGUGAACGUAUUCGUUGUGAGUGUUCUGGAAACCUCGCACACACUGGACGUUGUUGUCGUAGAAGCGGAGGAAUUAUGGAACGUGGCCGAUGUUUUCAUGAACGCGAUGCUCGAUUUCUCAGAUGCUGUGAAGAAGACCGUCGUAGAGGCAUGUGCUUCGCCUAA